AUGUGUGGUAUCUGUGCACUUAUUACCCUGCAGGGUUCUCCCACGCCAACUGAGCAGGAGAACGUGGCCCUGCACAAACAACUCAGCGACAGCUUGGACGUGAUUCAACAUCGUGGGCCUGAUGCACGAGGCGAGUGGGCGAGUGCUGACGGGAGAGUUCGACAUGUCAGACUGUCCAUUAUCGAUCUCAGCCCGGAGGCUAACCAGCCGUUCCACGAUGAUCAAGACGACGUCCAUGCCGUCGUCAAUGGAGAGCUGUACGACUAUGAGCAUUAUCGUAAGCUCCUUGGUGAUGAGUAUGAUUUCAAAAGCCACAGCGAUUGCGAGACCGUUCUUGCAUUGUACAGGCACUACGGCCUUUCCUUUCUCUCCUAUCUGCGUGGAGAAUUUGCCCUUGUCCUAUGGGAUGCGCGGCGCAAAGUCCUUAUUGCUGCAAGGGAUCGGUUCGGAGUCAAAUCGCUGUACCAUACGGUCAUCAACAACAGACUUAUUGUUGCAACGGAGAUGAAGUGCUUCAAGGCAUUCGGAUGGGAGCCUGAAUGGGAUGUGCAGAGCUUCCGGGAAUAUAGCUGGACGUACGGCUCCGGCACGUUCUUCAAGGAUGUCAAAACGGUUGAUCACCGAUCCGAAGCGGAAAUGAUCGCAGGAGUAAGGGAACGUCUCAUGGAGGCAAUCCGUCUGCGACUUCGAGCCGAUGUACCCCUGGGAAUUUAUCUCAGUGGGGGCAUUGACUCAUCAGCGGUGGCAGGGAUGGUUGUGCAUCUUGUGAAAGAAGAAGGCGCGCGUCUGGGAAACGAUGACAGCCAGAUCCUGUCGCGCAUCAAAUGCUUCACAGUGCAGUUUGACAAGGAUAGUGGAGUGGAUGAGUCCGAUAUCGCCCAACGUACCGCGGAGUGGCUCGGCGUCGAUUUUCACCCUGUCCCGAUAGACGAAAAUGCCAUGGUAGCCAGGUUUGAGGAUCUUGUGUGGCAUAGUGAAAUUCCCCUGCCCGAUAUCAACGGCAUUGGGAGACUUGCCAUGGCGGAGACUGCCAAAGCGCACGGGAUCAAGGUCAUCCUUACAGGUACGGAUACUUCUUUUGAGCCUCCAUGUUGUUUCCGCUCACGAGUUUUCUUAGGAGAGGGAUCCGACGAGCAUUUUGGCGGAUACGCGGAUCUGACCAGACAGUACUUCCUUGAGCCCGACCCCUCGUGGCCAUCGGGCCUGCUGUCUGAUGCCGAACGCAAGGAGGCGCUGCAAGUCCUCCAAGGAGAUAGUGGGACGGCUGGAGUGGAAUUUACGAAGCGGAAACUGCCCGAGUCCGCACGGCGGAUGUUGAACAACACGACUAUGUUCAGCCGUACCCUGCUCCUAGGUGCUUUACCUUUCGCACAGUGGACGAACGCGCACACUGCAACCGCACCCGAGACCGGCAUUAUGGAGAGCCUAGAUGGAAGAACGCGCUAUGCGAUCGCGAAUCGCUGGCACCCCCUUCACGCAGCGGAGUAUAUCUGGACGACCGGUUAUUUUCGGACUUUCCUACUCCGCUAUCUUGGGGAUAAUGUCGACAUGGUUCAUCAUGUCGAAACUCGACCGCCGUUCCUGGACCACCACUUGACCGAGUACGCCAACGGCCUUCCACCGAGCGUGAAGAUCAAGUAUUCGCCAACGAAUAAGACGGUGGUAGAGAAGCAUGUCUUGCGGGAAGCGGUUCGACCCUUCGUCACAGACGAGAUAUACAAGCGCAAGAAGAAGCCGUAUCUAGGGCCAACUCGGUUUCAAGAGAAUGGUCCGCUGCAUCAGUUGAUUGGCCGUCUCACCUCGCAGGAAAAUAUAGAAGCGCUGGGCUUUGUGGAUUGGCAGCGGACAAAGGAGCACGUUCAUAAGGCGUUCGUGGAAAAGAAUGGGAUAUCCUUGCGGUACGCAAUGAUGGCUGCUCAGUUCGUUGUCCUAUCUCAAAGAUUUGGGGUCAAGAGAGCUACUCCUUGUAUGUCGUACAACGCAGCGAGAAACCAGGCCUUUGAUAAGUCUACGUCGAUCGUCGCGUUCUUGCUCUGCUCAGAGGUGGAGCGGGAUGGUCGUUAG